AUCAGUCAACUUUGAAUUUGAUCACUCGUUUUUAUCUAUGCGCUUUUUUCCUAUAAUUUUUAGUAAAGGACGUCUGUUUGUUUACUUUCGCAUGUUUCCAUCAUGAAAUUCCUUUAGCUUAGUAAUGGAUGUACUAUUUCAUGAUAAAAUUAAAUUUAAUGUUAGUGUUUUUAUAGCUUACUAUAAACUUAUUGUAAAAAGUAAUAAAUCACUCUACUGAUAUGAUCUUAGAAUAAUACAUUGUAGAAUUUGUUAUUUAUUUUAAAACGACCAAAAAGGGAGAUAAAAUGAGAAGUCGAAGUAAUUCCGGUGCUCGAUUAGACUAUUAUCAACGAUUAGUUCACAGGACUAUAUUGGACAAUCAGAAUCCAGUAACUGGCUUGAUUCGUUCUUCAUCUCGUAAUGAUCAUGCUUGGGUUCGGGAUAGUGUCUAUUCUAUUAUGGCAGUAUGGGCCCUCUCUAUGGCCUACAAGAAAAAUGCAGAUUUGGAUGAAGAUCGUGCUAAAACAUAUGAAUUGGAACAGAGUUGUGUAAAGUUGAUGAGAGGACUUCUUAUGUCAAUGAUGAAACAGAAAGAAAAAUUAGAAAAAUUCAAAGAAACACAAAAUAAAUUUGAUUCUUUGCAUGCUAAGUAUAGCUCAAACACUGGUGCAACUGUUGUAUCAGACAGUGGAUGGGGACAUUUGCAAUUGGAUGCAACUUCAUUAUAUUUGCUCACAUUAGCUCAGAUGACUGCUUCAGGUUUACAAAUAAUAUUUAACUUAGAUGAAGUUGCAUUCAUUCAAAAUUUAGUUUUUUAUAUUGAAUCUUCAUACUGCAUUCCUGAUUAUGGAAUAUGGGAAAGAGGAGAUAAAACUAACCAUGGUCUCCCUGAAUUAAAUGCAAGCUCCAUUGGCAUGGCUAAAGCAGCAUUAGAAGCAAUGAAUGAAUUAGAUCUGUUUGGUGGACGAGGUGGACCCUCAUCAGUCAUACAUGUUCUUGCAGAUGAGGCUCAAAAAUGCCAUGCAGUAUUACAAUCCAUGCUUCCUAGAGAGUCGAAUUCUAAGGAAGUUGAUGCAGCCUUGCUUUCGGUGAUAGGAUUUCCAGCAUUUGCUGUUGAAAAUCCUGAAUUAAUUAAAUUAACAAGAGAUACUAUUGAAGAAAAAUUAAGGGGAAAAUAUGGAUGUCGAAGAUUUUUGCGUGAUGGAUAUAAAACUGCUAAAGAAGACUCUCAAAGGUUGUACUAUGAACCCUGGGAAUUAAAAGUUUUUGAAAAUAUUGAAUGUGAAUGGCCUUUGUUUUUCUGCUAUUACAUUAUUGAUGCAUGCUUUCGGGGAGAUAGAGAAACAGUAGAAGAAUAUUCUGAUGCUCUUGAUGUAAUAUUAAUUAAAGAAAAUGGAUUAAAACUUGUUCCUGAACUAUAUACUGUUCCAGAUGAUAAGGUUGAUUUAGAAUAUCAAAAUCCCCAUAGCCAAGAAAGAGUUGCAAUUGGACAAAAGCCAUUUAUCUGGGCUCAAUCUUUGUAUAUUGUUGGAAGACUUCUGCAAGAGGGAUUUCUUGCACCAGGAGAACUGGAUCCUUUAAAUAGACGACUUUCUUCAGAACAGAAACCAGAUGUAGUUGUUCAAGUUGUGAUCUUGGCUGAAGACCUGUAUGUCAAAGAAAAACUAAGAAACCAUGAUAUUCAUGCUCAAACAUUAUCUGAAGUGGCCCCUGUUGAGGUUCAACCAGCUCGAGUAUUAAGUCAUAUUUAUUCAUAUUUAGGUCAAAAUAAGAAAUUGGGCCUCUCAGGUCGGUAUUCAAGAGAAGUAGGUCUUUUAAGCACUAGUAAACUAUUCACCUUACAAGAUCGAAUAUUUGCUUUCACUCCUCAGUUUGUAGAUCAGCAGCGAUUUUAUCUUGCAUCUGAUACAGAUCUUCUAAUUGAUACUUUCAAGACUGAAAUUGCAUUCUUGAAGACAAGUUGGCACAUGUUAGGCAGGCCCACAGUGGUUUUAAAUCUGCAAAAAUCCAUUAUAGAAAAUGAUAAAGUUCCCUUAGCUAUGAUUUCCACUAUCAAAAAAUUGAAAAGUGGUUAUAUUAAUGGAACAAGAGUAGCACUUGGAACUUUAGAAGAUUUUCAAAGUACAUCCUGCGUUACAAGUUUAAGCUUUUUACAUAACCAAGAAGAAGGUGAUCCAGAAAGUUUAAAUGUAAGUGUGCGAGAAUAUCUAGAAAAAGAACUAAACAAAUGCUUCUUAAGACCUUUGUUGAGCUAUGGAGCCAUGUCUGUGAAAAGAAAGAAAAGUUCUAUGAGGUCCCGGCGAUCUGGAGUUAGUGGUAUUAUUAAGAGAACAAGAUCAAUACAGGUUGACAAAUAUGAUCCUGAUUUGAUUAACUUGCGUGAACGGUAUGAAAAGAUUCAUAGUCCCCCACCUGUUUCUCCUGGUCCUGAAGGACUUUAUUCCAUACAGUCAGAAUCUCCUUACUCUUCUCCCACAGAAUCUGUAGGUAGAACACCAUCCCCUGGACUAGACCCAGAGGAAGAUGAUCACUGGAGCUCGACUGCACGUAUUCGUACAAUUUCUGAUCGGCAGUAUGAUAACGUAAAUGAUGAAGAUCUGGUGAUCAUGUUCAAAGAAACAGAGUCAUUGGAAGAGCAAGGAGAUAUCUUGCAUUAUAUCGUUGGAAACAGGGGUAUACAUUGGGAUACUGGUUUAGGUGGCCAAAACGAUGUUGUUACUAUUAAAGAUUUAUUGAAAGAUCUAUACGAAAAGGCAUGCCAUGAAAAGAAAUGGGCUUUAGUGAGACAUAUUGCUGGAAUGCUUGGAAAAAAAGUGGAAGAUCUUGCCAAAGCUGUUACUGACUUGUUAGUACGACAAAAACAAGUUACUAUUGGAAUGCCGUCUAUUUGUGAAGAAACUAUUACAAGGCCUAUACCAUCAAAAGAUUUAAUUGCAAUAAUUCAUAAUGCCCAUGGCAGUGAUCAAAGUACUGCAAUGCUGACACAGGAACUGUUAGUUUACUUAGCUAUGUUCAUAAGAACUGAACCACAACUGUUUCUAGAAAUGCUGAGGUUACGAGUUGGUUUAAUCAUUCAAGUAAUGGCUUCAGAAUUAGCUCGUUCUCUGAAAUGCUCUGGUGAUGAAGCCUCAGAACAUCUAUUAAAUUUAAGUCCUUUUGAAGUCAAGAUGCUACUUCAUCAUAUUUUGAGUGGCAAAGAAUUUGUUGUUAAAAGCGCACGAAGUGGAGUUGUUUCUGUUGCCAAUCCAAGUAAAGUUCAAAGUAAGAAAAGCAUGGUUGAUAUUAUCCUGGGGAAAGAUGGACCGAGUGAUGAGGGAGGUCAGUUUGAAAGUGAUAGACAAGGGCAGUGGUUGAGGAGACGAAGACUCGAUGGAGCUCUGAACAGAGUUCCUAGAGGGUUCUAUCCACGCAUUUGGUCAGUCUUAGAAAGGUGCCAAGGAUUGUCAGUUGAAGGAAAAAUUCUUAACCAGCAAUUAACAAGAGAGAUGACACCAGGUGAACUAAAAUUUGCACUUGAAGUGGAAACAGUGUUAAAUAGUAUACCACAGCCAGAGUAUCGUCAAUUGAUGGUGGAAGCUUUGAUGAUUUUGACGCUAUUAGUUGAACAUGAUGCAGUCAAAACUCUUGGAGGAAUAAUAAAUGUUGAGCAUUUAGUGCAUAAAGCAAAUCAAAUAUUUUUAGAAGAUCAAAAACAAAUUAAUGGAGAUGCGACCAUAUGCUGUGCUACAACUACGCCAGAUAAUCCGUGCGGUGGUGCUGCAGGUAUUUGUCAACAUUUUUAUGACAGUGCUCCUAGUGGAUGUUAUGGUACAAUGACAUACUUAAUUAGAUCUGUUGCCACUACAAUGGACUGUUUGCCAAAACAAGAGUUAGACUGUACCAUAAGUUAAGAUCUCAACAUUUACAAAACCCUCCUUUUGACUCUCUAACUUAAAAUAUUUGCAUAAUAAAUUGGGCAAUAGUAAUAUAAAUCCAUUUCUUUUUAUAAUUAGAUCUGAUAGAAAAUAGUGAACAUUAUUUUUACUUUAUAAAUGACAUCUUUCUUUUUUUGUUAUUUAUGAGGUGAUACUAUAUUUAGCUUCUGAUAAAGAUAUUUGUUUUCUGUUUCAAAGACACUUAUUUUACUAAAAAUAGCUAUAUUUUUAUUGAAUAAAGUAACUGGAGAAAAUUUUAGCAACAAAAUAUUAUGGAUUCGCAUAAUUUCUUUACAUUUAAGAUUUUAAGUUGGAUCCUGCUUUGUUAAUCUAAUAGAAGUUAGAUUUUUUUAUUUGCUAAAUGUAAUAAAAUGCAUAUUUAUUAUUUUUGUUACACAUUUGUUAAAGAUUAAUCUAUGGAGUUUGUUAGAUAUUUUUGUUGUUAAAUGUUUAAAAACAGUUGUCAGUUUUUUUUAAAAAUUAUAAUUAUUGAUAAGUCAAGAAAAGUGCCAGAUUGUUAUUGUUCAUCUUUUUUAAAAUAUUUAUUUUACAACAUAGAAAUGCAUUGUAAUUUAUUAAGUUCUUUGUCAGGGCUAUGAAUAGUUUUAGAAAUUUCUUAAGCGACCCGUCCAUCUCAAAAUUUCAGUUAAAUUCUCGAUUGACUGGCUUUAAAUAUUAAAAAUAAAUAGUAAUUAAUAUUUUAAUCGAAGCAUUCCACAUUAAUAAAUAGCAUGUAUAUAUGUAAAUUUCUUUGAAAAAAUUUAUUUUUAUUCAAUUAAAAUUGUAUAAACAUAUCAAUAGCUAUUUGCUGAUUAACAUUUGCUUUAAUAUUGUGUCCACUUUUUCACAUGUCUUAAAAACCUAUUGUUUAAGGAUAGUUUUGGAAUGUUUCAACUAAUGAAAGCUUAAUAAGUUUAAUUUUUUUUUUUUAAUGAAGAUCAUUUGAAAAAGAUUGUUAUCAUGUGUAUAUUGGUCACUGUUAUUUAAAUAUGGUUGUUAUUAAAUCAUUAUUUUUUCCAUCAGUAUUACAAUGCUUCACAAGUGACUGAUGACAUUGCCUGUAUGUAUAAUAAAGAAAAAUCUAUAUGUCAA